CUUUAAGCCACCAUGAAGGAACCAGAUGGAUUUAGUGUCGGGAAAUACUCCGCUAAGGACAUCGGUACAUUGGAUUUUAUGAAAGGGAAACAGGAUAUCUGAUCUUAAGGAAAAGGACAUCUGUUUGUGGAAUUUGCUGAAAGUGUUGCACAGACGGUGGAUGAUAUCUGUUUGACAAGGAAAACUUAUCUUCAUGUUUUUCAGCUGGACUGGGAAGGAUAGCUGAACUAUGUAGUGCCUCCCUUAACUAUGGACCUCCUGCCCUUUGCAGUUUAGUGAUGUUAGCUUUGAGCCACUGCAACUCCUCAUCCUCCCUGCUCCUCCCUCGGUCCUCUAAUGACAGCGGGGGGAAAGUGGAGGCCAGGGUGGCAGUUGAAGGUCUGUCUCAUCAAGGAAACCUCACCCUGCUGCAGCCCACCACCAGUGGAGUCAUUGUGGUCAUACUGUCCAUGACCCUGGGCAUCAUCUCCAACAUUGUGGCCCUCUUCAUCCUGGCCAAUGCCUACUCCCAGCAGCGCCGGCGCACCAAAGCCACAUUCCUUAUCUUUGCCUCUUCUCUGGUGGUUACAGACUUCAUUGGGCACCUGAUCCCUGGUGCCCUUGUGCUCAGACUCUACCUCUCUGGAGGCGUUCACCCUGAUGACUUUAACUCCUCCGAUGGGAUGUGUCAGUUCCUGGGUGGCAGCAUGGUGUUCUUCGGCCUGUGCCCCCUCUUCAUGGGCUGUGCCAUGGCUGCUGAGCGCUGCCUGGGUGUCACCAAGCCCCUACUGCACUCCUCUCUAGUCACCAAAACGCGUACAAAGAUCUGCCUGUCCACCAUCUGGCUGGCGGCUCUGUGUGUGGCCCUGCUGCCCUGCCUUCAGCUAGGAUCCUACGCCUACCAGGACCCAGGGACCUGGUGUUUCAUCAAAGUGCUCAGUGACACUCAGGAGGUGGACUUGGCAUUCGUGGUGCUGUUCUCCGGGCUUGGGCUGGCCUCAUUGGCUGUGGCGCUGGUGUGUAACACCAUCAGUGGACUGACACUGGUGCUGGCGAGGCUCAGGAGGAAGCCCGGCUCUCAUCACUCAGCAAAGUCUCAUGAUAUAGAGAUGGUGGUGCAGCUGGUCGGCAUCAUGGUCACCUCCUGUAUCUGCUGGAGCCCUCUGCUGAUAUUUGGCCUGAUGUCGGCGAUCCGUUCAUACACAGGAUCUAUAGCAGAGGACUUAUCAAGCUAUAAAACCCUGAUGGUGAUGGCCGUGAGGCUGGCCACAUGGAACCAGAUUCUGGACCCCUGGGUCUACAUCCUGCUGCGGCGCACCGUUCUCCGCAAAAUCUACCUCAUCUCUAAGUGCCAGAUGGGACUGAGGGGGAAUAUAUUGGGCCGCUGGGAGCCCACCUCUUUCCCCAGCUCAGAGAAGCACGCAGUCAACCAAGUUUGAGCUGAGUGAAAGACUAACUGAAGAUGAUGCAGUACUUUGUCCCCCAGGUCAUUGAACAUUUACAGAACUUUGAGAAUAAAUUUGUUUAAAAAAGAGAGACCAACACAUAAGAUAUAUUUGGCUAGAAAUGCAUCAAAAGUAUCUCUCUCAUACUCCAUCAAAGUUUACCCUUGAGUUUGUUGUCUGAAUUAACUAAUGGAAGCUAGCUAAGGCUAUGAUUUUGCACAUAAACCUAUUGUUUUCUUGUAAUAGGACAUUCAGUCAUUUUGUAUUCUCAUUUGGAAACAUGAAGGGGCAAAGAAUAUGAACACAGAAAUAACCAUGCUCUGUCCUGAGGUUUGAUGACGAGCCACUCAUAAAGGGAAGGAGUAAUGUUUUAUUUCUAAACUUCAUUUUAACCAUCUUUGGAAGUAAAAAAAAUUGCACGGUGUCUUGCUCUUACAUGUAUAUGGAAGAAUUGAGCUGCACCAUUAUAACCACCAGGGCGAGCUACAGAGUAAAGCAGAAGUACUCGGAUCGUGUCCAAUGCAAAUUAUUCUGCUGAAUGUAUUACAAGGAAUGUUAAUAUUAAAGUAUUGUGGAGUGUAUGUAAGUUUACAUUUGAAUAUGCUUUCCAUUUGUUUAUAUAGUGCUUUAUGUGAAGUAAUCUAUUUUUUUUAUAAGUUAAAACUUGAAUUGUACCCUCGUUUUUACUGAGGAUAAGAAACGUAAAUUGAAUGUAAAUAAAAGUAUGCAAUGUGAGCUUACUCCGAAUUGUAUUGAGUGCUUAAGUAUUCUCUUUGCUGUCCUGAGUAUUAAUGAUAAAACAAAUCUUUAUUGACAGUGUGAUCUGCAGCAGUAAUUUCCUGCCGAUUACUUCUGGACUUCACAUUCCAGUGAUGACAAUAAAAAAGGACCAAAAAUAAUUAUCCACUAAGCUCAUGCGGGUGAUAACAUAAUAAAUCGAGAAGAUUGUUGAGCAAAUAUCUUUGAUUAAGUUGAGGAUGUAACCUUUUGACAGGCUUCAGUGCUUCAAUGAAAUACCAUUAUCUCCAGCUUGGUAUUUGAUUAGUUUCCUUCCUGCAUCACCUUCUGCCGGAUAGAAAAUAAAGCCUUUCUGACAAACUUGUUCAUUAAUUAAUGUGACUCACUCUGAAGUGCAGGUGUAUAACUGGGACAUCCUCCAUUCUGCUAACCACCUGCAAAAUCUUAUCUUAAAUGUGUACAAAUUAAAUAAACAACUAUUUAUAGAUAAUGAUAUUUUAGGAAUUUGCUUUAGGUCAGAAGCAAUUCAUUCAUAUCCAAUACACAUAUUAAGAGGAAAUAAAACAUAAAGCCAAUGUAAUAAUAUAGGUAUGGAGACGUAAAAUACAAAUAUAAUAAAAAACAGUAUUCAAUA